UUGCAAGGAAAUAUUUUUCACAAUGCUAAACCUGUUAGACCUCUCCUCCCAGGAAGUAGUUAGAGAAUCUGUUGUGAACUUCUAAUGCAAUUAUGUCUUUUCUUAAAUAAAACAAACCUGAAAUUAUACACAGUAUUCUACAUGUGGUCUUAUAAAAGCCCUGUACAACUACAGCAAAAGAUCACCAGUUAUAUAUUACAUUCUCUUUGCAAUAAAUGGCAACUCCUGUUAACGUUAACUUUGACAAUGACAAUUCAAAAAAUUCACUGAAGCCAACAUGUAUUUUAAAGGAGUUCUUUUAUUUUAACAGGAUCCUGGUUUCGUCCUUUUCAGAAGAGCAGUUAAACCGCUAUGAGAUGUAUCGUCGCUCUGCCUUUCCCAAAGCUGCCAUUAAAAGGCUGAUCCAGUCAAUCACAGGCUGCUCGGUAUCUCAAAAUGUAGUGAUUGCCAUGUCUGGUAUUUCUAAAGUCUUUGUGGGUGAAGUAAUGGAAGAAGCUCUGGAUGUUUGUGAUAAGUGGGGAGAAACUCCACCUUUGCAGCCAAAGCACAUGCGGGAGGCAGUGAGAAGACUUAAAUUACGUGGACAGAUUCCAAACACGAAGUACAAGAAGGUUUCAUUUCAUUAAGAGGAAUCCAGCACCAGUGAACAUUGCCACUAUAUGUAUAGAUUUGAAUGUACAUGGAAUAUUUUGACUGCAUGUGUGGAAGCUUGUUUUCUUCUAAAUGGGUCAGCCUUAAGUGCUGUUACUUGAACCAGAUUUCCAGUUGUUACUUUGAUCAAUAAUCUUUUUCAAAUUAAAAGGGAACCAAAACAUAUUUCUGGGAUAAGCAGUUUUCUAGAGUCUAUUAAUGUUCAGCAAGCUGUUGACAUGCAGCAGACACUAGUGACGAAAGAUUUUACAUUGUGGCCAGUACAUCCCUACAUUACACACAGCCAAGGGGGAAAGAGAGAUCCUACAAUCAGCUGUUGAACUUUUUUCUAUAUAUGUAGAUAGGUGAACAUUUGUAAAUAAAAAUUAGAAACUAGAUGUGCUUGUAAAUACAAUCUGGGCAGUUCAGAUUGUAACAGUUUUAUACUACAAAUAAUGUGUUUUGGAUUUAUGCACCGAAGUAAGUAACAAACAAGUUGCCUCAUUGGGUAUUUGCUUAUCCUACAAGUCAUUGUAUUUCAUUGUUUCUGAUGUAAUGUACAAAAUAUACAAGAUAAAUAACCUUGAUAAUAAAGUCCAUGCACAACUCA